CCGGUUGCUCAGGACGUGUGCAAGCGUGUAAAGUGUAAGGUCAAUCUCGGUCUCAGUGCGGAUAUAUAGUGCUACCGCGCCCCCUGUUUCGGUUCCCCCCGCGGAAGGUUGUGAUGCAAAAUAGACGUAUUGUGGUUGAAUAACUCUUCGUGAGUGACCCGAAAUAUUUUGCGAAAUUUUCGGUGUGUAAGUUGAUUAGCAAAAAAAAAGCGGUGUUGUUAUUUUUGAGGGUGCAAGAAAAAUCUAAAAUCACCCCCCACCUUUUCGGAGAAAGGAUGAGAAUGCAGUGACAGUGUGUCAUCCAUUGGUGAUAAAGUGAUAGUAGCAGUGGAAAAUUGAUUUCGAAGUUUUUCGAGGGUCGACUCCACCUGUCGGUAAAUUUGCUACACUUUCCUACCAGUGCAAUUUUGAUAGAGUUCAAAAAGUGAUUCAUUUGUGAAAACAAGUGCAUGAAAAGCCAGCUACACUUGGCACAAAUAUUCAACAGUGAAUGAAAGAAGUGUAAAUCAAAAAUAUUGAAGUGGGAGUUUAUGAAAAGGAGGGGGACGCAAGUUGAAAAAGGAUUGCGUGAAUUAUUGAAAUGAUGGAAGUAAAUCCAUGAAUAAUAAAUAAAAGUUCAAUGAAGCAAAACGAGCGUGUGUGACUAGGAGAAACAGGAAAAGGACGAACUGAUCCACAGGUCAUCGAUAAAAGGACACACUUUGUUGUCGUGAACAGUGUUGUGAAAUCGAAAUCUUUUCAGUUGGAUCAUGUCAUUGGACUUGUGAAAAAGAGCGCAACACCAUUUAGGAAGCACGUUUCGGAUUUCAGCCGGAUGACGGAACUGGAAAAACGGUACCGUUCCGAAUCAUAUUUCGGACGCUUAAGGCAUAUGAUGCAGAAAACAGAUCAAAACUUUAUGCACAGAUUUUAAUACUUGGCUUCCUCACGUAACAUCAUGCCAAUCUGAUUCCAGCCUGUUAGUGGAACACGCUGCUCGUGACCAGCCGAAUCGUCCCGGGAAAGAUAGACAGCGGGAAGAUCCGAAUAGACAUAAUUAAAAAAAUAUACAUGGAUCGUAAGCGUCAGUGUGGAUAAUGUCAUAAAAUUUUUCAGCAAGACCACUAGACAAACAAGGGCUGGAUGAAGGCGGGAAGUUUGUUCAUAUGUGUGCACAUGUCAGUCAAGAAAUGACGGGAUACGCCUAAUAGUGAGGGCGAGAAAGGAAAAAUAAUAAAAUCUGUCAGAGCGAUGCACGAAGGCGCGGGUGGAGUUUGAAGAGCAUGUAAACAUAAACAUAGCCUUUUGUUGGCAACAUAAAAGGGGAACACAUCGAAGUGCACGAACAUACCUACGCUUCGGGCCUCGAAAGUGGAAACGAAGAGGGAAUGAGUGUGUGCAAGAUUUGUUUACUUAGUACUGUUGGUGGGAUCCUCAGCGGAGGGCGGGGAGAUCUAUAAAAAUCUUGAAGCAAUUAAAGUGUAGUUUCCGUCGUGCGUUUUCAACGACUGCACGAGGACGAGACCCUCGCGUGUGCGAGACCGUCGUGCCGCCAGCAAACGAGGAUGAUCUAGUGGACUGAGCCAGCUGAGCUCGAGUGGGCAAUUAAAAAUUAAUAGCGAAACAACUCAAUCUCAACAACCUCAACGGUUAAUCAUUAUGGGAAAAGUGUAAACUAAGUGUGAACGAUCUGUGAGAAGUGUGGGACGUGAUUCUAUUACUGAAAUUAUCUACGAAGGAAAAAAAGUCGGUGAAAAUGUGGCGUUUAACAAACGAAUCAACGUCCCGACAGAGCAGGCAAAUCUGCGGAUGCGGCAUAUUUGGACGCUUCAUGAGUAUCGGAAUAUUGUUACAGAUAAUUGCCAAUUGCGAUUAUGGCGCGGGAGCCAUUCGGUCCGUUCAUUUGGUGGUUGAUCCGCCGGCCGUCAGACGAUCGCAGCACGCAACCCUCCGCUGUCUAUACGAUCUGGACGAUUCGCCACUGUAUUCGGUCAAGUUCUACCGAGGUUUGCGGGAGUUCUAUCGGUUUUCUCCCAGCGAGUAUCCGGAGAAAAAGACGUUCCCCUUUCCUGGCAUAAAUGUCGACUUAUCGUUGUCUAACGCGAGCCAGGUGGUUAUUCGAAAUGUCGGUUUCGGACUAUCGGGCAACUUUUCCUGCGAAGUGACGGCCGAUGCGCCCUCCUACUCGACAGCAACGGGACAUAUUCAAAUGCAGGUGGUUGAGCUUCCCGACAGUGGUCCUACCCUUUGGACGGAACACAAUCGCUACGAGGCCGGCGAUGUUCUUAGGGCCAACUGCAGUUCACCACCAUCACGACCCAAAGCGGACCUCAAACUGACACUGAACAACAUCGUGAUUUUUUCCUCGGAUCAAACGGUACGAACCACGACGGACAAUCUGAUGACCACGGCCGUUUCUUUGAGGCUUCAUCUGCAAAGUUCGCACUUCAGCGGCGUCCAGCUGGUGGGCAGCAGUGGAAGUGGAACACUCGUUCUCAGAUGUACCGCCACCAUUGGGAAGCUGUACGAACAGUACACCGAGCUGGAGCUUGGCGUGCCCCAGCGGGAUCCGGUUCCGGCUAGAGUAACUCUCACCGGUUCCAGCUCUAGCGGUAGGAGUCCAUCAACCAUGGUUCUGGUGGUUUGCCUGUUGCUUCUGAGCUUGCAGACCAGUCAUCGAUUAGCGGAGUACAAAGGAGCGCUGCCGGUGGAACGAAGAUAGUCAGCUUAAACUUCUGAAACAGUGGCGACAGUCGACGCUCUAUCGAUGAAAUAACCGUAACGAUAAUUGAAAAAUGCCCUUCUCUUACCCCAUCCGAGUCAACCAACCAGCCAACAGCCUCCACGGUCCCCAGUGGCUGAUAUGGGUUCUCAUUCAAACUCAAACAUUCGCAGAAGGACAAAGUCCUCCGGGCAAUCUGUAUGCAGUGGUUGGUUUUGGCAAACUGAAUCGGGGGUGAGGUGAAGGCAUCGUGUGACGAACGAAGAGUCUGUGUAAUGAUAUUUUAUAUAUUUAGAGCACAUGUAUUUAGUGAGAGGACGAACGAACGGAACACAGCACACGUGACAGAGGAAGUGCACGGAAAUUGGAAGCAGAAUGAGCUAAAUUAAAUUUAAUUCCUUGAAGUUAUUCUUUUUUUGUUUGGUUCCCCAUUUAUUGCAUUAGAGCAGAAAAAGAGCCGUUGGGGGGAAACGAUAGUUGUAGCAAUUUAGGCGAUGGUCAUGGCGAACAGCGAUAGAUGAUGCUGAUGAUGAAAUCCCGUGAGAUAUAGGGACGGUACGGGAUAGUGGAGCAUACAGGACAUGAUAAAAUUUAAUUUUAAUUUGACGACAGCGAAGUAAAGUGUGAUAGAAAACGUGAAUGCAAAUAAUAGUUUGAAACUGGGAAAUAUCCACAGUUUCAGCAAGACAAGUGCUCUAGGCAAAUGAAAGCUGGCGAUGUGUGGAUGUGAGAUAGUGCGAUAAGAAUGAGGGACCGUUGAAUAUGUGCGAAUAAGUAGUGAAAUGAACAUAUUAUUGCAUCCAGUAACCGUUAAUGUAAAUGUUGGAUGAUUAAAUUAGGGGCAUCCCUUUUCCAGCGCUAGUGAAAAAGGGUUGGGGAUGGAAAUGGUGAAAAUUCAUCCAUAUACGCGCGUAUUAACAGAGGCAAAUUUGACAAUCUGUUUGAUGAUGAUUUAUGCUCGGGGAGUUUGCAAACUCUCGGAUAACCAAAAUUUGGCCAAAGCCAUUAUAAUAGGAUUGUAUCGAUUAUAAUGGAUAAAGAUGUAUGAGCAGAUUGGCAACAUAAUACAGAAAAACAAGCUUUUCGUGCAUUGGAGUGGGAAAAACAUGAUGCUAGAAGUCGAAAUCAAAUUUUUUUUUUUUUUUUUUUUUUUAUCUGUAUUAUAGUGACUUUCAACUCAUUUGGCUGGUUCGUCACUUUUACUUCCAUUUUUGGAAGAAUGUCGGGAGUGAGAAUUGAACUCGUGACCUUUAGCGUGAGAGGCAUGGAUGUUACCACUACGCCAGAUCGCCUCCCUCGAAAUCAAAUGAAAUUCAGUUGUGGGACAAUACACCCAGGUUUUUUUACGCGGUUUUUUUUUACGAGGUUUUUUUACGCGGAUUUUCCAAUUAACGCUGUUUUUACGCGGAUUUUCCAAUAAACGUGGUUUUUUUACGCGGAUUUUCCAAUUGACGCUGUUUUUUUACGCGGUUUUUUACGAGGUACGUAUCCCCCGCGUAAAAAAAACCUGGGUGUAAUCUUACUGUGCGAGGAUGAAUAAUCCUCGUCCUGCAUUGGUGAAAUCCGUCAUCUCCGGUGAAGGUAACGAAGUAAUCAACGAAUUAACGAACCAAUAUUAUCAUGAAAGCGAUAUAGCACUUUUACAUAAAAAUUCUCCAGUCACCUAGAAUCGGAGAUCACGAGUCAAAACCAUUUUUUUUCACCAUUUCUUCAUUUCUGCUGCUUCUAAAAUCAUCCUGCCACUCUUCUGAAGGUUUGGUUUCACCUAUAUUGCCAUCCACAAAAAAUAUGUUUUCUUGCUGCACUUGGAAUAUUACUUCAAUAUUUUGCUUAACCAAGGACUUCUAAAGGUAUCUGGGAAUACUCAAUUAUUUCAGAGCCGCUAAAAUGUACAAUUUUUAUGAAGAAACACCGCGAUUUGAUAGCGCCGGCAGAAUAUUAUGUUCAAAUUCGUUGAAAAUGCAACAAGUUGAUAAGUUUUUCACUGGAAACCUAUUAUGCGGGGUCUACUGUGUAAGAUCAUGCAAUUUUUUUCAAUAAAAUAAACUAUGUAUUUGAUGAAAAACUCAAAUUUUCAAUUUUUCCUUUAUACAGCCAUUUUCUGCCAAACCGAUAUAAUGGUUCUCAGAUUUACAUGAAAAGUGAUAGUUUUGUUCUUUAUCGCAAAAUAUUAGGCCCGUAUUUUCUUUAUGAAAUCAUCAUCAUCAUUUCCAAUUCAGGGUGGACCGAAAAAUCAUGUUUCCGCUUUUUCUAAAAACUGACUUUUUUUAAAAAAAAAUCAUAGAUUUCGAACUACUGAAUCUGUUCAGAUGAUCCGCAUAUAAAAUUGAAGCCAAUAGCUAGCCUUUUAUUAAAAUAUAUUGAACAUGCAAAAAAAAGGAUCCUAUUUUCGUAAUUAUUGAUGUAGUCAUUUUUUAUUGUUUACAUGGCUUUGGACUAGAGAGCGCUAUAUAUUUUUAUAUUUUUUCCUGAAAGUUGAGGAUUUGAGGAUUGUUUACAUAACAUAUCUCGAUAUUAGAGAUGCUAUUUUUCCGUGUCUGAGAUAUGAUUUUUCAAAAUUAAUCGGUGGUCCGAAAAAUCAUUUUUCUCCUUCUAUUCAAAAAUGACUUUUUUCAGAAAUUCAUAACUACUGAAUCGAUUUAGAUAAUCUACAUAUUAAAUUUAAGCCAAUUAGCUAAAUAUAAGCUUCUUCUACAAAGUAUCAUACUUGCGGGAUGAUAAGAUUCUAGUUGCAUAGGUCUAGUCUAUUCACAUAGGAAUAUUGAACGAAAACUUGAAACAUGUUGAAUUUGCAAAAUAAUAACUCAAAAACGAUAAAUAAUACCUCUCUGGGUUUGAAUAUAUUAUGUAAAAAUUCCUCAGCAUUCCAGAAAAAAAAUAUAGCGCCCUCUAUCUUUAACCGAGAAAACUUUGGAAAACUAACACAAUGAAUAAUUACAACAACGAAAAUUCCAAUUUUACGCAAAUGUAAUAUUUUUUCAAAGAAAUUCAAUUUGAUAUGUCGAACAUCUGAAUUGGUCCAGUAAUUUAAAAGUUAUGAUUGUUUGUAGUUGAAAAAGGGGGAAAAGUUGUUAUGUCCAACCUUCGGUUAACUUUGAAAAUCCUAACUUAUAAACGAAAAAAAUAGCAUCUUUGAUAUCGAUAUAUGUUAUGUAAUAAAUCCUCAGCUUUCAAAAAUGAAUAUAAAAAAAUAUGGCGCCCUCUAGUCCGGAGCCAUGAAACCAAUAAAAAACGACUGCAAUCAAUGAUUAAGAAAAUUAAAUACAUUUUUUGCAAGUUCGAUAUGUCGAUCAUCUAAAUCGGUUCAGUGGUUCAAUAGUUAUGAAUUUUUGCAAAAAGUCAUUUUUGGGAAAAAUUGAAAAAAAAAUUCGAAUCGCCCUAAAAUAGAAAUGGCAUUCUAAUAAAAAAAAUUAUAGGAGGUUGUGUUCAAGACACGACCGCAUUGUUGACGUAGAACUGCGCUAUAGUUUAAUUCAAGUCACUUGUUUAUAACUGCGGAUAUUAUUUUAAAAUGCUAUGAAAAUUUUGAAAUAACCAUUCUACCGGUUUGGUCGCCCUGAAAUGUUUUUGUUUGUAGAAUCAUUUGACGAUAAUUGUUUGAUGAAUAAUUAUUGUGCUCGCAGAACAAUACAUGUUCGAGAUAAGCGCAGCUGUCAUCCUUGAUGGAGAAAGUUUUGCUACUGGCAAGCGAAAAUCACAUACAACAUUUCAGAACGACAUUUACUUUCUUGGUGACUAAAUAAACGAAAUAAACUCUAUCUCGUUAAUCUAGUUGAAGGCAGUUUUGCGACUGGCACGCGAAUCCAAAUAACUUAUAACAUUCCAGUACGACAUUCAAGGUGCUUAGUGUUCCCCAAAUGAUUUUUUGGUGCACAACCUUAAUGCCUGCUCCGCUAUAACGUCAGUUUAAUGCAUUGAUGCAAUGUCAAAGGCACCAAUGAAGCCCUUAUGAUGACGAAAAACAAACAAUGUUAACUGCUUGGAAAAAGACUGAAUUAUGCCACACAGCUUGUACUCUGCUGUAACACCCAUCGAUGCGAAUUCGCUGAUGAGUUUAUCAAGAGCGACCGCCUUCAUCACCAGCGGGGGGAGCUGUAUUUUGGUUGCUGCCUUGGUAAAGGCGUUUACAUUCUCGACCGACGCGCCGAAGUCGCCUACUUCGCUGUUGUUCGAUGCGGUGUCACACUCGCGAAGUCUCGCUUCAGUGCGAGCGCUUUUCACUGCACCAACAUCGCGUGCAUCAUUAGAUGACGCAUGCCUCGAAAUUUUAUUGCCCUGGCAAUGCGCUCGUUUUUUUUGCAGGACUCGAUCUGCAAAAAGAGGACUGCCUUCCUCUUCUUCUUGCUCAUCACACACUACACGAAGUGUUUAGUUCAUGACGCGGAAAGAAAAACACACGAUACGAAUAAUGCGAAAAACAGAAAAACCAAACGAUGAUAUCCAAGUUGGAUUACCACUGGUGGGGUCCAAUCUUAGAUCGAAACGCAGCGAAAGCAAAGUGAACUGGAUUGCUCAACAGUCCGAUGCCGAAUGAAAGUUUGCCUUUCUUUCUUUCUUUGUUUUUAAGAGGCUUUAAACUUUGAAGUUCAUUCGCCUCUACAUUUGCCUCAGCGAGAUCCACUGUUUAUACUUUAGGCAAAUAUUCCCCUCCAGUGUUCUUCUUUUUCUUUGUUCACGGAGACUGUUAAAGACUUUCCCCUCCGCUGCUCGUCGAUAAGUUGCUCGUUAUUGACAGCUCUGUUCGGGAAAGCACACAAAUGGACAGAACGAAUGUAUGGGAAAAUGGAAACGCUUAAAGUUUUCAUGUAUUUUAACCAUUUACAAACCAGGAGAUUCUAAUGUAUAGCAUAUUAAUCAAAUCUUAGGGAAUUUCCGAUUCGUUUGGUGUGUAAAUGACUGAAAUCCGUUCGCGGCAAAAAUAGUUAUUAACGUUAACUUUAUUUCAUAAAAACGAGACUUGUUUUCUGAUUUGGCACCCUUAAUGAAAGACGUAGUUCUACGUCAAAAUUGAAAACAUAAGGGCGUAAUGUUUUGCGAUAAAGAACAAAAUUACCACUUUUGGCGAAAAUCUGAGAGCCACUAUAUCGGUUUGGCAUGGAAUGGCUACACUAGAAAUAAUGUUCGGAUUUUGCAUAACCAAAGGCGCAAUACAGUGAAUUCACAAGGCAGCGACAGAGAUGCCAACCUUUUUGAUUUUUCAGGAUUUCCCAGACUUUUUGGCAGGGCUUUUCCCUGAUAUCCUGACAAAUACUGAUUUUUUUCCUAUUUUUCGAACUUUUUACUAUAUCAGAAAUAAAUUGUCCAUGAUGAAUAUACUGGGAUCCUUGCCAAAGUUUUGUUGGUUGGAAAUGAGAACUGUCAUAAUUGAGAGAUAACAUUCGUCGCAAAUAGUCAGAUUUGUGGAGGGAUAACACUUGGAUUUUGCACUACGAUAAUGCAUCAUAGAUCGAUCAUUGUGAACGAAUUUUCGACCAAAAAUUGAUUGUGCUUGAACAAGCACUGAACUCUCCAGAUAUUGCUCCGUUUGAUCUUUUCCUAUUUCCAAAACUCAAAUUACCAAUUCGUGGUACCCGUGACUGCAUUGAACUGCAUAAAAACGAAUUCGCUACGUGAGCUGAAGGAAAUUCCUGAAUACAAAAAAAUAUCGUGCAAAAAAAUUGAAAAGCUCUCCGGUCCACAUUUGAAUAUUGCCUUAUGUGGCCGUAUACUGUUUGUCUAUUUGACACUUUUUGACGUAGAACUAAGUCUUUCAUUAAGGGUGCCAAAUCAGAAAACAGGUCACGUUUUUAUGAAAUAAAGUUAAUGUUAAUAACUAUUUUUGCUGCGAACGGAUUUAGACGAUUUACAUACCAAAUCAAUCGGAUUGUUUUGUAUGUUAUAUAUUACAAUCCCCUGAUGUGUAAACGGUUUAAAUUGAUGAAAACUAGAAGCAUUUCCAUUUUACCAUACAUUGGUUCUGCUCAUUUGUGAGCUUCCUUACCCAUUCCGUCAAUAACGAGCACCUUAUCGGCGAUCAACGAAGGGGAAUGAUUCAAAGGUAUCGUGAAAAAAGUAAAGAAGAAGAAGAAGUGAAACGAAGGGGAAUAUUUGCCUGGAGCAUAAAUAUUGGAUCUCGCUGAGGCAAACUUUCAGCAUUAUUCUAGAUACGAAGCAAUAAACAUCGCUUGUUCUUCCUUGUCUUGCGUCAUCCCAUGUCUUCGUUUCGGAUUGAGCUGUGGAUGCGACCAAAUUACUUACUCGCUGAUGUCUCUGGCAUUUCAAUCAUUACAUCAAACUGGCGCUAUUCCAUUACAGUUCUGAACUACACAAUUGUGUGGGGAAUCGUCAAAUCAAAUAAUAUCCGAAGUUAUUAACAAGCGAAUUGAACAAAAUAACAGCGUAGUUAUACGUCAAAAAAGUGGCCGUGUCUUGAACACAACCUCCUAUAUUUUUACAGAUAAAGAUGGUUUCAACUUGAUACAAACAUCAUUUUGUUUGUCACUCUUCAAUAAUCAACAGUGACAAACAAUGUCAAACAUCGAAGAUGGAAUAGGUUUGACGAAUACAGGGAAACUUCGAUAUAACGUACCCUCGUUUUAACGUACCCUCCAUAUAAUGUCAUUCGAUAUAACGUACACAUUUUUAAUGGACGAAUCCGGAUCAUUUCGGACUGCGGUGAAACGUUGUGGUUGGAAAAACAUUGGUCGUUUGAGCAUCUUUGCAUACUUGGAAUAUCCAAAGAAAUAGACUGUUUUUUUGGAAAGGUCCAAAGUUUUUUUUUCUUAAUUUUUUACAAAAUUUUCUUAUUCCAAAACUAUAAUACUUACAAAAUUUUGGUCGAAAAAUUAAAUGUAGAAAAUUGUUUAAAUUUUCAUGUAAAAAAUGCAUAAAUAAAUUUAUUUAAAAAAAUAUUUUAAAGAACGAAAUUAAUUUUUCUCAAAAGCGUAUGUUUUUAAAAUUCUCAUAAAAAUUACCAAAAGCUUGAAUAAUUUCCUACAUUUCAUUAUCUAACCAAAAUUUUGUUUAUAGUUUUUGAGUUGUUUUUUUUUUAAUUUGAAGUUAUUUUUGUUUUUUUAGAAAAAAAUUAAAAACUUAAGAACUUUAAGACCUACAAAAUUGUAGUCAUAGAAUGAAAUAGAGGAAAUAAUUUAAUCUUUAAAAAAAUUAUAAAAAUUUCACUGAAAAAAAAUUGUUUUUGAAAUUUAAAUUCAUUUUUCUCAAAAAUAUAUUCGGAAUUCGGAAAUGAAAAUUAUAUGAAUAGUUCAUACAACUACCAACAACACUCCCAUACCUUCAAUCAAUAGUAGGAAGGGAAACAUCAUGAGAAAGGUUGGCUCACUUUCUAGUUAGAUUUUGUCAUCACUUUUUGCUAACUCUACCCAAACAGUAUCACAAUAAAGUAGUAUGAGCUAUGUUUCGAAGUUCUUUAGUAUGCUUCUAUAUAACGUGAAACUCGAUACAACGUACAAUUUUGAAAGUUAAAUGUACGUUAUAUCGAAAUUGCACCGUAGAUCGUAAAUAAAUUGCAGGCAUUCAAUAAAUGAAAUUUUAGUGUUUUGUGUCCAACAUAUUUGAUUAGUACACGUUGGUCAUAUUUUAUUUGUCAAAAAGUGUCAAACAGUUCACUUCAGUCAAACCGUGUAUGAGCAUCCUUACUCUUUUCUUUCGUUUAUCAUCUAUCUAAGAUGAAGUGUCGACUAUUAUUGCAGUUCACUGAAUUAUUUCAAUCAUAUGUUGAAGGAUUAUGUUAGAAAUCAUCGAUGCAUUUUUUCCUCAUGAAAUUUUCCAAGUCAGUCGAAUCCGGAACAAAACGGAAUCGACUCUGAUGAAGGAGGCGAUUCCGGAGAAGCAGUUAGUUCAGUAGGAGCAAUUGAUUCCAGUCAUUCCUAUUCCUAUUGUCGUAUUAUUGUACUUUAGUGGAGUUGUCUUGAAUUUUCUAUACAAAUGGUUCAGUGCUACGUGUUUUAAGUACUCCAAUAACAUAAAGUAAAAAAUUUCAUUCAAAUUUUACCAGUUUUUACCUCCCUAAAUCACAUUGUCACUGUUCAUACGACAUCGCGGAUCUUGAUAUGUCAAAUUUCGAAUAUGAUAUAAUAUGGCUCCAAUAUCGAUCUAAUAUGAUAUUUUGUUGAACGAUUUUCCACAGCAUGAAACACAAUUUUUCCCAGUACUAUAUUGAUUCAAUUUAUAUGUUCAUGCGACUUCAAACUGCAUCAGCAUGAUAUCUUAUUCUUGAAUGGCGUUAACGUUCCCUGUGGAACUUUUGCCGUCUCAACGUAUGCAUUAACUAGUGUCAUUUAUUAAUACUUAGUUGAGAUUUCUUAAGCCAAAUAACACGCCUUGAAUGUAUUCCGAGGGGCAAGCUCUAGAAUACGCGUGACCACAGUGCAAGUCGAAGGAAAUUUCUUUGACGAAAAAUCCCCCGGCCAGAACGGGAAUCGAACCCGAACACCCGGCAUGAUAAUGUGAGACGCUAAAAAACCAAAAAAUCGGCGAUUCAGCCUCAAAUGUGCGAGAAUCAAACUCAAAGAUUACGAAGAAAACGAUUGCUCAAAAUCAUGUUAACGAACCUGCUAGUAUUGGCUUUGAAAACAAUCAUGCUAAUUUGUAUCAUACCAUUAAGCAAUCAAUUACGCGGGAUGUUGGUUUUUAAAGGUAGAUGAGUUUCUAUGAUGAGUUCACAUACAACUUUGUACCUUUUACAUUUCAUUACAUGGAGAAAUGACCAAUUCAGAUUAAUGCAGCGCUGUUAUAUGUAAUUGUCAGAGACAAUCUUUUUUUUUAAGAACAGUUGAACGAGACGGACUCAUGCAUUUUUGUAAAUUCUGAGCGGAGUUGUAGAAAGGGUUCUCUCAGAUGCCGGGAGAUGUCAUUUGACGGCAGAUAUAUGGACAGAUAGAGGAAAUCAUCAAAACUAUCUAGGUGCUACGGCACACCAUCUAGAAGUAACUGACAUAAAAGCAGUUGUCCUCACUGCCUGCCCCAUCGAUUGAGAACUUAGGAUUCGAACUAGCGGCAGCUACUGAGGGACGCAAUCCACUGCAACCAGUGGCUCAUAUGAUCACUGAACUGGGGAGGGGGAGGGGGAUGUAAACAUCUUCUCUCUCAGGGAAGAUAAUCCUUAUGUUGAAAAGUCUAUGAAAACUAUGAUGGAAUGCAAAGAUACCAGUAGUUAAAUUGGUAGAAAUGCUUUUUCAACUAAUUCGUUCAAUUAAUUGAUUCUAUGAAGAUUCAACACAAAUGCUCUGGCCAUAGUCUUUUUUCUGGAUAUUGAUGGUUUUCAAAUCUUUAUGAAGAGAAAACAAAAUAAAAUAAUUUCGGUGUUUGAAUUGAAAUAAUAUUUUUUCAAUUCUAAAAUGACACUCAUAUGGGCAAGUAUAUCAAUUAAAAACACGACAUUUGACAUGUUAAAAAUCGGAUCAACAAAGAUCGAUUCUUUGGUACCGAUUAAAUCAGGGAAUCGAUCCCUAAGCCGUUUAAAAAUUCGAUUCGAGAAGAUCGAACUUAUUCUAAAGAUCGCCAAUCCUACUCCGUAUCCAUCUGGCAUGAAGCUCUUUCAUAUGUGAAUGCUCAUGUUAAAUAUUUCCUACAAAAUCGCUCGAGAUGUUUAGUUGGCGCUAUAAUGGAAUCUAUGUCUCAGUACAGCAAUUUUUUUCAGACAGUGUAAUACAUCAUAAUACUCGUAUAUAUCAAUCAAUAUCUAGGCCCAGUAAAAUAGAUAAGAAUAAUUUUAUAAGGCCGUGAAUUUCGUAAAUUUUUACCAGUAAAUUGAGAAAGGAAAUAAUAAUAAGCCGAAGUCCGAGUGAAUGAAAAACUGUCUCGUGUUGGAAUCCCCGAAUGAACAGCAGGAUAAGUAUUGAGGAAUGAGAUUUACAAUAUUAAGAAAAUAAUGCUGGCUGAUACGGCCAUUGUAGCAUUUGUCAUGCAACGCAUAUUAGGCUUGUAUUUCUGUUUCCCUUUCAUGUUAUCAGCUGGGAAUGGAAUAAGCUUUUCAAUUGAAACCGAUCGGGGAUGAGUAUCGUGUACUGAACAUCAAACACCGAACGGCACAACCAAUCCCCCGAAGGACAAUAUAAUUCAAUAAAAAUAAAACUCAAAACUUAAUUAAACCCAUCCGAGCGGUAAACUCGGAAAGAGGAAUCAUCGAGCGUUCGAUUGAGGUGCAAUGAGUGUUUCCAUUCCAUCCCGAGCGGUCCUAGAAGAGUAUCGGGGCUAGGCAAUGUGAUCAGAUGUGACAGCGUUUGAGUAAUUUUAUAUGAAAAUCGAUUCAAACGGAAAAUUAUCGACCCCAUCUGAUGGCAUCACACGCGGGGAAAGGGUGUGGAAAACAGAUUACAUUCCAUUGAAUACAUGGUGUGCCAUUUUUUAAUGACGCCGCGCAAACUGACUGAACCAUCCAUCAAUCGAUCAAACAGAUUGUUCAAAAGCUCGUUAACGGAAUUGGAUAAACAUAAAUGGAUCAGUUUUUAAUUUUUGUAAAUAUCCUACUGCUGAACUAUUUAAUUAACAUUUUAAUAUGUAUUCUUCACCAAAGAGCGCACCCGAAAAUACACUUGAAUAAUUUUAAUCAUCAGCUGAAAGUCUUCACCAGCAGCUUCUCUUUUCCUUUACAACUCGGUGGCAAAUAUCGGAGCAGCAAAAAGCGCCUAUCGUUAGACUAGCUGAACGGCAGAUGCGAUCCACAUUUAGUGCUUGCUGCACUACCAAGCCAAAUAGUCCACAAACUCUCGAAUUUCCAUUUUAUUGUCUGCUAUAUUUUCCUUAAUUCUUUUUUUAUUAUCGGUAACAAUGUGCAGUGAAAGGUAAACACGAAAACGAUGAAAACACAUUAAGCUAAACAAAAAAAAAACAUUUCCAUAGGCAACAGAAUCCUUAUGAAGUUAAGAAAAUAAAUCCAAAACAAGACUAAACGAUGUUUGUUGAUGUAACAUAACUGAGCAUGCGUUCGGACAUGGAAAACACACAUGGAAAAAAGAUGAAUAACCGGAAGCGGAAUAAUGCGAAACAAAAUUUAUUUGAAUAUAAAUAGGGCGGCUUUUGUAAAAAGUGAAAGAAGUGGGGAAGAUUGCGAUAACAGAAACCAAAAAAAAAACGCAGAAAAAAUACGUUAGAUCUUAUAUAGGUAGAAUAAUGAUAGGUGUAAAAAUCAAAAACAAGAAGGGUUAAUCAGCGCGUAUUCUGCAGCUAGAAGGUGAACUGUUUACGAUUGGCGGAACAAGUUAUUUGGUUCUGAAUAACGAAAGUACGCGAGAAGCUUGAAGCUAAGGUUGACAUUACAACAUAAGGUGAAUCAAAGUGUUGGGAAUUGCAGCACGGGGAAAUGACACGAAAUCUGUUCUGUAAUAAAAGUGGUAAUACAAUGGAGUAAAUAAA